AUGUAUCUGAAGGUGGUAAAGGAGGUAUAUUUACAAAUGAUUGUGUCUCAAAUUUCAGGUGAGGUUUUGGACAACUUGCCAACCAUUAUUGAUGAUGAUUACAAUUACAAUGUGAAGGCUUCUGAGCUUAGUAGAAGAAAUUCCCAUGCUCAGGCCCUAGUUUCUUCAAAUAUAAAAGAUGCUGAUGUUGUCUCCCAGCCCAAUUCAUCUUGUACUGUAGAUGAGAAACAGUGUCAUGCUGAAAAUCUUGACCAACCACAAAAUACUAACCAGGAAAUGACAGGUGAAACAUUGCCUACUGAUGAAAAGUCUGUGUCUGUGGUAGACCAACCAAGGAAAAGGAAGGAAAAAACCAAACAUCUAUGUGUGAAGCCUGCUGGCAGUGGAUUGAAAAAGCCAAGACUUUCAAAGAAGAGACCCAGUGAAGGGAGUAUGAUAAUUGACUCAGACUCUGAUGAAGAAAACUUUACCCAAUGGGAAAAGAAAGCUAAGAUGUAUGAAAUAAGCGGUGAAGGUGAGGUUUUUGAAGACCUACUAUCGUUUAGUGACGAUGAUGAUUUUGAUGAUGAUGACGACGAGGAAAAUGACAAUUGGAAGGUUUUUGAGCUAAUUAGAAAGAAUUCUCUUGCUCAGGCCGUAGUUUCUUCAAAUAUAAAAGAUGCUGAUACACUUGUCUCCCAGCCCAAUUCAUCUUGUACUGUAGAUGAGAAACAGUGUCAUGCUGAAAAUCUUGACCAACCACAAAAUACUAACCAGGAAAUGACAGGUGAAACAUUGCCUACUGAUGAAAAGUCUGUGUCUUUGGUGGAACAACCAAGCGAAAGGAAGAAAAACACCAAACAUCUAUGUCUGAAGCCUGGGUACAAGUCAAGUGCUACCCUUCCAGCUGGCAGUGGAUUGAAAAAGCCAAGACUUUCAAAGAAGAGACCCAGUGAAGGGAGUAUGAUAAUUGACUCAGACUCUGAUGAAGAAAACUUUACCCAAUGGGAAAAGAAAGCUAAGAUGUAUGAAAUAAGCGGUGAAGAUGAGAAUUUGGAUGACCUACCAACCAUUAUUGAUGAUGAUGAUGAUGAUGAUGAUGAUGAUUGCAAUUGCACUUUGAAGGCUCCUGAGAAAAUUAAAAGGAAUUCGCAUGCUCAGGGCCAAGUUUCUUCAAAUAAAAAAGAUGCAGAAGUAUUUGCUGUCUGCCGUCACAACUCACCUUAUAUUGCAGAUGAGAAACAGCAUGGUGGUGACAAUCAUCAACCACCAGGUGCUAACCUAGACAUGACAGGUGAAAAGUUGCCAACUGAUGAAAAGUCUAUGUCUUUGGUGGAACAACCAAGCAAAAGGAAGGAAAAAAACAAACAUAUAUGUGUGAAGCCUGCUGGCAGCGAACGCAAAAAGUCGAAACCUUCAAAGAAGAAACCCAGUGAAGAAGAGAAAGUUGAAACAUGUGAGACUGAGAAACCUAUGUGCAACAUACCUGGAUGUUUCUUGCAUGACCUUGAAAAGUCUCAACGAUAUUCUGGAAGGAAUUUCAAGCAAAAUAAAGAUGAGCUGAUUGAGAGACUCUACAGACUGUUUAACACCACCAUCUUUGAUGAAAAGCUGCCAGAGAAAAUAGAAAUCACCUGGAAUAAAAAGAUGCUGCAAACUGCUGGCUUAUGCACCACUAGUGAGAGACAGCACCCAAAGAGGGAGCGCUACGCCAAGAUUCAGAUUUCUCUGAAAGUCUGCGACUCUGCAG